UAACCAACGUCCUAAUCUGACGCAACCUCCGCUGUGUGAUUCUGUACCCGUGCGAAGGGCAGCGUAGUAAUUCCUAAUUCGGUUAAACCUUUCAGCUCCCAAACAAAACCAAAAGCAAGGUCCACAGAAAACAGCUGCCAUGCGGAGCUUGUUCAUGUUCCCCCUGCUCCUGCUCCUGCUCUCUGGCGCCUCUGCGCGCUUCGAUGACUUUGACGAAGGUGACGAUCUGGUGGAGUUUGACGAUAACGACUUUGCCGAGUUCGAGGAUGUGAGCGAGGACCUGCCCACCGAGCCUCCAGCACGAACCGUCACCACAGAGGACGAUGAGGACGAGGCCACUGUGGAGGUGGAGGACAACCAGGAGGACUUUGAGGACUCUGAGACACCGGAUGAAGACAUCUAUAAGUACGAUGCAGAGGAGUUUGAAGGUUUUGAGAAAUCAAACCCUUCAUUCAAUGACCCCAUCAACAUCCUCACGGUGCCCUCUCAUCUGCAGAACAGCUGGGAGAGCUACUACAUGGAGAUCCUGAUGGUGACCGGGCUGCUGGCUUACAUCAUGAACUACAUCAUUGGCAAGAACAAGAACAGCCGGCUGGCCCAGGCCUGGUACAACUCGCACAAGGAGCUGCUGGAGAGCAACUUCGCUCUCGUGGGGGAUGAUGGAACGAGCAAGGAAGCGCUGAGCACUGGGAAGCUGAACCAGGAGAAUGAACACAUUUACAACCUGUGGUGCUCUGGGCGGGUGUGCUGUGAGGGCAUGCUCCUCCAGCUCAAGUUUCUGAAGCGCCAGGACUUGCUGAAUGUACUUGCCAGAAUGAUGAAGCCAGCAUGUGAUCAAGUGCAAAUCAAAGUAACACUGAAUGAUGAAGAUAUGGACACGUUUGUGUUCGCUGUUGGUACGAAGAAGGCAAUGGCCCGGAUGCAGAAGGAGAUGCAGGACCUGAGUGAGUUCUGCAGUGACAAGCCCAAAUCAGGGGCGAAGUAUGGGCUUCCAGAGUCUCUGGCGAUCUUGUCUGAGUUGGGAGAGGCAACUGAGGGAGUUAUGGACAACAAGAUGGUGCAUUUCCUCAUCAACCAUGCCGACAAAAUCGAGUCUAUCCAUUUCUCGGACCAGUUCUCCGGUCCAAAAAUUAUGCAAGAGGAGGGUCAGCCUUUAAAGCUGCCAGAAACUAAGAAGACUCUUUUGUUUACAUUUAACGUGCCUGGGAUGGGUAACACUUCCCCCAAGGACAUGGAAGCCUUGCUGCCCCUGAUGAACAUGGUCAUCUUCAGCAUCGACAAGGUCAAGAAGCUGCACCUCAACAGAGAGGGAAAGCAGAAGGCUGAGAAGAACAGGGCUCGAGUGGAGGAGAACUUCCUGAAGCAAACCCACGGUCAGAGACAAGAGGCAGCACAGUCCCGCCGCGAAGAGAAGAAGAGAGCUGAGAAAGAGAGGAUCAUGAGCGAGGAGGACCCUGAGAGACAGCGCCGCCUAGAGGAGGCAGCACAGCGCAGGGAACAGAAGAAGAUUGAAAAGAAACAGAUGAAGAUGAAGCAGAUUAAAGUGAAGGCCAUGUAGCCCGAGCCAGCUGCACGUCGCUGGGACUGCCUCCACUUCCAUUGAAAACGGUGGAGCCUCUGCAACUGGCCUCACUAACCCUGCUCCCCAUGAGCCUUUCCAGUUAACCAUGCCUGAUGACUUGCUCUGUGCACAAUGCUUCAGUUCAGUGUGAAGAUUUACAUUUUGAACCCAAUAUGAACAAGACUAGAUUUAGUAGUACAUGAGUGUGAUACUUCUAUGGGCUCUCUCUAUAGUUCCUGUAAUAUCAAUGUGUGCUUUCAUCUACACAAGCUCCUAUUAUCCACUCUGUUUCGUGCAGCUCCUGCUGUUGACAGCUGUCAUGUGGGAGUGGGGUGGAAUACUUUACUGUUUCAGAAGUUUGGAAUGGAGUCCUGGGACAACUCCACUAUAGGGUAUCUCUCUCUCUCUCUCUCUUGCGCUCUCUCUCCACUCUGUAUCACACUUCAGUGUCUGUACAUUGCAGGUAAUGUUUCACAGGUAAGAGUGGGGAUUACUUUGAUAAACUGGGGAGGGUUGGUAUAAGAUUUCCAAAGCUGUAUUUCCAUUUUGUUUUUAAUUUGUUAUGCAUUCUGGACAGGAUGUGUAUAUAGAACUAUGUUGGUUCUCAAGCAAUAGUGACCUUUGGUUUUAUGGAACCCACAUGUUAAGCUAUUUGUGUACCUGCUUAAAACUUAAAUAAAACACUUGUAUGUUUGUACAUGUGUGCAUGUAUAUUGAUUUCAGGGGAGGUGUGUGCUAAUAAUAACAUUGGAAGCUGCUGUUUAUGCAUUGUGAUUUAGCUGCCUGUUCAUUUCUAUCUUGGUUGGAUUGACUCUGUGCAUUUUAAAUACUCAAGCUUACUUAAUUCCUGGAUGAUGGAUAGUUGCAGUCUGUGUAGACAGUACAAAGGGCAGUGAAGAAUGUAAGCCAUUUCAAAACCUGUGAUUUUUGCUGUCUAAUUUAUACAGAAGUUAAUGAACAUGAGUCUGUGUGUAGAAGUGUAAGCGCUGUGUGGGAUUCCUAGGGUUCUCUUCCAGAGGGGCAGACUCUCGGCUUCAUGCGCUCUUUCUAUGAUUCAGCCAAAAAGAUGAUUUGUAGUCCUUGUAAUAAAGUAAUGUUAAUGAAUCUGUAGGCACAUUGGAAAUGCAAAAGCUGUAACUAAUGUAAAGUAAUUGUAAUAGUUGGAAUUUGAAUUAAAGUUUUUUUUUUUUUUUC